AUGCCACAACACACCUUCAGAGGUCUAGUGGAGUCCAUGCCUCAACAGUACAAAAGUGAAGUAUAUUCUUUUAGUGUACUGUACUUCUUUUUCACCAAGCUUUUGGAAAAUACUAUUAUAAACAUUCAUAUUAUUUUUUCAGGGGACCCCUAUACCUGUUUUCCAUGUGCAGAUAAUGAAUGGUCUGAUGAAGGCAGCACAACAUGUAAGACACGUUCUGUUGUCUAUCUUCAGUUCACAGAAAUCCCCUCCAUCGCUGUCUUGGUUUCUGCCAUAUGUAUAAUUAUUUUACUCAUUGCCAUAUUUUGUAUUUUCGCCUACAAUUACAACACACCAGUGGUGAGGUCUGCUGGUGGUAGCAUGUGUUUCCUGAUGUUGACAUGCUUGAUUUUGUCUAGUAUAAGUGCGUUCUUUUUCUUUGGAGAACCCACAUCUGCACUUUGCCUCAUGAGAAAUGCCAUAUUUGCAUUUUUCUUCACUGUCUGUAUUUCCUGUUUGACUGUCCGUUCCUUUCAAAUUAUUUGUGUUUUUAAAAUGGCUGCUCAGUUCCCUAGGGUGCACAGCCUUUGGGUAAAGCACAAUGGACAGUGGCUCUUCAUUGCAUCUGUGUCUGUCAUUCAUUUAAUUUCUUGUGUUGUAUGGAUGACUUUCUCUCCUGACAAACCCAUCGCCGACUCAUGGACUUUUAAAGAUCAAAUUAUGCUCAUCUGUGAAAUGGGGAAUGCAUUAACCAUAACUAUAGUUGUGUUCAUAGGUUGGUUUCUUGGUUUCCUGUGUCUCCUGUUUUCCUAUAUGGCAAGAGAUCUGCCGAAAAAUUACAAUGAGGCCAAAUCAAUAACCUUCAGUCUAAUAUUGUACUAUCUGACCUGGAUUGUAUAUUACACAGCAUACCUAUCUUUCAAAAGCAAAUACAUCACUCUUUUAAAUGCAAUGGCCCAAAUAUCCAGUAUAAAUGGAAUUCUCUUUAGCUAUUUCAUACCAAAAUCAUACAUCAUAAUAUUCCAACCACAAAAGAACACUCCUGCAUACUUUCAAACAUCUAUUCAGAAUUACACCCAAACUAUCAGUAGGACUUAG